AUGCAGCCAUGGUCGCGAGAGCUCAUGAUGGCAACGCUGUCAUUCCCUCCCUCACUCUCACGGCAGGAGGACACGGUGCUGCUGCGCCACGCGCUGCAGUGCGGCACGAAGCAGUGGGGCGAGCUGGGGAGGAGCGGUCAGCUCAAGAGGAGCAACAAGUCGUGCUGUAACCGUUACAUCUUCCUCCGAAGGAAGUUCACUCAGCAAUUUCGCGAGAGCUUCCUGAGAAAUCACCUGGGAGGCGCCGCGUUCCUCCAGGACGUUUCACUGGACGGAAACAGUCUGCCGUUGUUCUGUCAGGAUUUCCAGCAGCAGCAGCAGCAGCAGCAGCAGCAGCAGGAGGGCGCGGGUUCAGCUGCCCUUGCGUUUGGAGGGCUGUCGUAUGAGGAGUGCACGGCCGUCUUCUUUGCCCCCAACGCACGCUGCUGCCGCCAACCAGCCUCACUCAACCUCUCUUCUGUGACCAGCUCUCCUCCUCAUUCCCAAGCCGCCAGCGUCUGUGCUACUGCGGCUGCUUCUAUUGCCAAGUUUCCAGUAUCCCAUGAAGCUUCCCCCGUUGCUGCUGCCUCCAAUUCUGCCGCUCGGCGUCGUGCACUGAAGCGUCCAAGGGACGACUCGCCCACGCUGGGGGCACAGCCAGCGCUGCUCGGUGGACGCGAGAGCUGGUUCGUGCCAAGGGGAUUCGUGCGAGGCGGAGUUUUGCGAGGCGGGGUGGUGUGUGGCACGGAGCACGGGCAUCAGUCAGUGGCAGAGCAGUUCCAGCAGCAGGGGGCGAGCAGCCUCAUGCAGCAGGCAGCUGACGAAGCCCUGCUGGAGGCGCUGCUGCAGGAGGAGCAUCGGCAGCAGCAGCAGGGAGGAGCGAGGAGUAGGGCGCAGCGGGUGUUGUGGCCGCGCGUUGGGUCGGAGAGUGCCCUUCCAGACGAUGUGCUGCUGGGGUGCAACAGUGACGAACCUGCCUUCAUCCAGCGCUCUGCUCUGUCUGCUCCUCCACCGACCCUGCCACUCGCAGCGCUGCCAGCGCCAAUGCGGCCCCAGCUCGCUGCUCUGCCUGCCUCCGCUCCCUGCAUUGGCGAUUUCGCAGUGCAGCCAGUGGAGUGGCUCCGCGUUGGGUCAGAGAGCGCCCUUCCAGACGACGUGCUGCUGGGACUCUGCUGCGAGGACCCUGCCUCCUCGCAACGUGCUGCUCUCUCUGCUCCUGCGCCCGCCCAGCCGCUCGCAGCACUGAUGCCCUCGCCGCUCACUGGUCUGCCUGGCCCCGCUUCUGGCAGCGCGACCGGGUGCCUUACAGCAAUGCUUGUUGGGAGUGCGUGUGGCACACAGGAGCAAGAAUACCUGGAUGCUUGCAUUGACGUGCACGGCAACAUAACCAACACUAACAACACUGACAACUGUGGCAAGCACAGUGGCAAGGACAACGGUGCGCUCUUUCUAGACACGCCCAUGGCUCACGUGCUGCUGGCUGGGAGUCUCCUCGCCAUGCCCUUGGCCAGUGGACCUCACGCUGAGGGGCCUGCUGCCCCACAUGCUGCCCCACGUGCUGCUGGAACAGCCCUGCCAGAGUGGGCGGUGGAGCAGGGAGGGACCGGGGAAGGAGGUGCUGAGGGGCACAGGCAGCAGCAAUUUCUCGGCCAGGAGGGCAUGCUUGCACAGGGGAAGCCUUGUCAGUACCUCAAGCUUGACCGCAUGCUCUCCCUGCCACCGCACCAGCCACAGCUGCAUUCACAGCCACCACCACAUCUACUCCCAAAGCCACUCUUAAAACGCCCUCAACUCAACCCCAAGGGGCUCGCACAUGCAAGCUCCCAUACUUCCACGCCCUGUCAUGCUGCUGCAGCCCUUCUCCUCUGGAGCUCUACCAUCUCUCUGGUGAAUGAGAUACUAAAGAGAAUGUUCCAUAGGCACAACAUUGCUUCAAUGGCGCCCGUCAACAACGUUUCUACUCGCGAAGGAAACAAGACGGCGAACACCCCGGGCGCGCAGAACUCCGGAAGUCUGCCCGGGGCAACCACGCGUCGUGCGAAACGCCCUGCCGAGGAGGCACGCGAGGACCUCGCCACUGGCGUCGAAGUCCUGUUUGGCGCGACCUCCUCGGCGCCUUCUGAGGAGCUUCCUGCCGCGCGCACUGCUUCCAAGCAGCCGCGCGACAUGGCGAAAAAGACAGCCGCUGACGCGGCUGUCAUCAUCGCUUCGGCCGGCCAGGCCGGCCCCUCUGGCGCACGCGACAAGGAGCACGCGCCAGCGGCACCCUCGGCACCCUCGGCCCCUGCUGACGUCAGCCCCCUUGCCUUGACCACUGCGCAGGUCGAGGCACUGCUGGCGAUGUUACAGCAGCAAGCACCUGUAACUGCGGGGACUUCUAACAACGACGAAGUUACAGCAUCUGCAAAAAAUAACAAGAAGGAAGAAAAUGUCGUCGCACCUCGCCCGCCUAAGGCCGCUCGCGUCGAAAAGAACCACGCUCCGGCACCCGCCGACGAAGACAGCAACGAGUCCGACGAUGCUGCUGGUGAGGCUCCUCGCUGCCGCAAUCCAAUUUUUUCCAAUGCCCCUCGCCCCACACUCCCCUCGCUCGCUCCCUCAACCGCAACUACCACUUUCAACCGCAAGGGUGUGCGUGAUCAGGCAGAUGUUUUCUCUGCCAUCCAAGCCCACCUCAGGCUCAUGGAGCUCCAGCUGCAGCAGGGUGACGCGGAAGGAGCGCUCGCCAACGUCACUCAAAUCGAAACGCUCAUUAACAAGCGCUUCGAGGUGCUCUUGGUGGCGGACGAGGCGGGUUUUGAAGCGGCCGACCGCUUCCAGCUCUACCAAUCGAAGAGCGUGCUCACCUCCCGCUCCUACAAGCUAGCCGUGGCAGACGUGGCAGCAUCAAAGCGUGCCCGCACGAGCUAUAAUCGCACCGUGCGGGGUAACGGCCUCGACAACGGGGAAAUCGGCAACAAGGGUGUCGGACAAGGCUCAUGCCAAAACAGGGCCUUCAAGGGCACCUUCUUUCGCUGUGGCCAGCCCGGGCACAUGGCAAACGCCUGCCCCAUGGGGGGGCGCGGCGGACAAGGCCCCGCACCCGUGGUGUGA